GACUUCCCUUGGUCUUCUAUGAGGAAGUCUGCAAGAAUUUCGGAGACAAUGAGGAGCAGAAGGCCAGCUUCACUGCACCCCGGUAUGGGCACAUUUUGGAAGCUGUUGCCAAUUGUGUGCAUACACUCCUGAGAGAGAACACAGAACUGCAAGAUGCCAGAUCUAGUUUGGAUGAUACAUCAUCGCUUGGUCAACUCCCUCCCCUAAGCUUUACGUCACUGGAUGAUCUCCGCCUAAGCCGGUCCACAUUGCGCUCCCGGGAUCGCGGAGAUCGGGAUACAAGAGAUGCACCUGAACUGCACCGGGAAGUCUUCGCGAUGCAUCAGGAAGUGGCCAAUUUCCGUGAAGAGAUGCGACAGCUGUCGGUGCAGAAAGAAGUCGACCGAGAUAUGCAAGAAGCAAAGCUUCGCAAAGCAAGAGGUGAUAUGUCCGACUUGCAGCUGGAAAUGCAGGAAAUGCAGCAAGCUCAUUUGCAACAGCUCUUUGUUUUCCAGGAAGAACUUCAGAAGUUGAGAUCGAAGACAGCUGCAUCCAUGAGAUCCUCAUCGCAAGAACAAAGACCAGUUGAGCCUGAGCCAGAGGAAACAAGCCCUUUUCCGCGGUGGCGCUGGCAGAGUUCACAACGGGAUGCAAAGCCAACCAGUAUUGAGGACCUGUCCGCAUUCCCAGCAGCCGAUCACACGCAAAGUGCUGGUUUCAGACGGCCAGACCUGGGAAAUGCACAUCCGAGCGAUGCAUCACCCCCAGAGGAGAUGCAGAACACAGUUUAUGCCGAUUCACAAUACAGUUUCCGCAACAUGGACUCCGGCCCAAGUCGGGCCAAAGCUGCACGUGAGGAAGAAAGAGUGGAGUCAAGAAGCCUCCUGUUGCAUUCAGUGGAGGAAACCAACAGUGCUAACAGCUGCAAGAGCUCUCACGCGUUUGAAGACCUACCAAGUUGGCAGAGAGAAGAGCUUCCAACCUUUGGAAGUCCUGAGACAGUACCAAGACGCCACAGCAGUCAUUCGAAUGCCGAGGGAGAUGCAGCAGCCUUGAAAAAGGCAUAUUCGUUCGCUGAAGCCUUGUGUGAUGCACAGCGAUAUCGAGAUGCUUUGCCACUUUUGGGAAAGAUCAUAGAUGUCGGGCUCUCAAAGCCACAUUGGUUGGAAGCUGCAGGAAUAAGACCAGCAGAUGUGUGGGCAUACACCGGAGUUGCAAAACAAGGUGAAAGCCUCACAGAGGAAUCCAUCAAAGCCUACUGUGAAGCCAUUCGCUUGGAUCCCUUGUUGCAUGUUUGUCAUGCCAACUUGGCAUCACUCUACAGCUUCCAAGAAGAUGAUGCAAAAGCCCGGCAUCACAUUGGCAUAGCUCUGCGCUUGGAUCCUGAAAGCCAAGCCUAUGUGGAACUGGCAAAAA